GUUUGUGUUAACUCGCGGUGGGCAUUUGCUGGUCGUCUUUAUUGAUUGUUGAUAUCUGAGUGUUAAAACAGUGGAUUUUAAACGUAAAACUGUUGAUCCAAGAACAUUCCGUGAAAUGUUGCCGCUGGUAUUUGUCAUCAUCUCAUCGCACAUAGUAUCUGGAGUACUAACACGACAGAAUCUCACGUUGAGUGACGUAUCUACCGGACGUAACACUGGAUUUCCUUACUACGCCAAUUCAUAUUACGACAGCCACGGUUCAGCCGCGGACAUCAGCAGCUCCUCGUACUAUACGCCGAUGAUGCAUUAUCACCAUUAUGACGUGCCAAAAUAUCAGCAGAGCCACACCGGGGAGCUGUGUACGUGGGGAAGGAGUUUCAUUGAUCACAUACUUCAGAUUGCAGUUGCAAAGAUGAGUCUGCUUGGUUUCUUGAAAGCCGCCAUUACUGCAGUGGGUGCUGGAUUCAUCACUAAACUUCCCAUCAUACUGUUUAAGCUCAUAGCUUUACCCGUUGGUCUCAUUGUGUUGGGUCUUCCACUGCUUCUCCCUUUCUUAUUACCUCUUCUUGCCAUGUUUAUCCCGAUACCCGUCAUUUCACACAACAGUCAAAAUUCCGAGGAGUGCAACUCUCCGGACUGUGAGGCGUCACGGAAUCGAAACUCUACUAGAAACGUCGAAGAAAGAAUAUCGAAAGCACUGAAGACUUUCAUGGGUUCCGAGGCGUGCGUUGGAAGGCUGGCAUGCGAACUGGGAAAACUGAACUCAGCGUCAGAAUAUAAAGAACCAAUAUUAUGGUUGCUGGGGCAAAUGCAGCGGUCAGCCCCAGCGAGGGAGCAGGGGAUGAUUUCGGCGUAUCGGACGGCGUAUCGCCGUGGAAACGAAGGUAACGGCUGCAACGGUGGCUUUUAUCGGUGUGAUGUGUCAAGGCUUGUGAGUGACAUUUAUAACGACAACGAAACCUGAAAUUGCAAAGACCUGUGAGAAUUUUGACGGUAAUUCAACAGUACUGGCCACUUGUUUCAUUUUAUACUGUUAUGAAUUAUCUCAGUGACAAUAUAAUUUCUGGCAGCUACAAUUUCAAGUUGUUUCUUUCAAAACGUACGACAUAUGCCCGCUACUUGGCAACUGUAUUUUUAACAAAAAUUAUCACAGUGCAGAGCCGCUAGCGGUAAAUAAUAGUAAAUAAACGGGAAUGAUCUGAAUGACUUUUUGGAGACUGUGCCCAGGCACUGUUUUUCCGCUAUGCGAAAUCUCUGCGUUAACUGCAGUCCUGUUCAGUCAUCAGUGACAGCCAGUGAAAACUAACCCUAAUGAGUUCUCAACAGUAAUAAGGGGAAAUGGUUAAAUGCUGUUCAGUAUUCUCUUUGGGUAGAAUAUACGUUAAAGCAGGGGUGGCCAACCCGCGGCCCGCGGGCCGCAUGUGGCCCGCCUUGAACAUUUUUCCGGCC